CAUAUUGGGCUUUAUAGCGGCCCAAGUUAUGUUUUGCUAUUUCUUUUAGUUGAGAAAAGGUGCGAGCUAAAUCCUCGGCAUGGCUUUCACCAUCCAGUUCGUUAGAGAAUUCACCAGGCUAGGCCUCAACAGAUCCAUCGGAGGCGUCCUGGCUCUCGCCUUCUCCAUAGAGCUCAGUCCUGUCAUCACAUCCAUCGUUGUCGCUGGACGAAUGGGAAGCGCGUUUGCUGCUGAGCUAGGGACAAUGCAAGUCUCGGAGCAGACAGAUACGCUACGUGUCUUGGGAGCUGACCCGAUUGAUUAUCUCAUCACGCCGAGAGUUAUCGCUUCGUGUCUGGCCUUGCCGUUUUUGACGCUCAUGUGUUUCACUGUCGGGAUGGCUUCGAGCGCUCUGCUAUCUGACGCGGUUUAUGGGAUUAGUAUUAACAUAAUCAUGGACUCGGCUCAUAGAGCGCUUAGACCGUGGGACAUUGUGAGUGCCAUGAUUAAGUCUCAAGUGUUUGGUGCUAUAAUAUCUGUGAUUAGUUGCUCUUGGGGAGUUACUACUAAGGGAGGCGCUAAAGGUGUUGGAGAAUCCACAACUUCUGCAGUUGUCAUGUCUCUUGUCGGAAUCUUUAUUGCUGAUUUUGUGCUUUCUUCCUUCUUCUUUCAAGGUGCUGGAGAUUCUUUAAAGAACUGUGUGUAACUUUUUUUUUCUGUCUUAUUGAUCCAAUACGGAUGUUUUUACAUAGCAAUAGAUACGAUAUACAAGCAUAGUUAGAUUUGUACUUUUUUGUUUACUUUGCUUUAGAGGAGAAGAAUCUGCUGAAUCCUUUAGAGUGUUUCUCAGGGGUAAGUCCUGAGGAGGAGGAUGAUGAGUUUGAAUUGGUGUGUUUAUGUUUCGACCCUACAGGAGAUCUCAUUGUAGUCAUCGAUGGUGUUUCUUUGUAUGGAGGCGAACUUGAUGUUUUGUCUUGAGGAUUUGUGGAAGUUACUGCGUAUUCAUUUUCUUCUUCUGAGUUUAGGGCUUGUUCUUGGCUUGGAGAAGAAGGAAACUGCUCUGUUUGAGGACACAUGGAUUUGAGUUGCUUCCCGAGAAGCAAUAUAGUCUCUUGACACUCUUGCAGCUUCUCUGCAGCUGCUGCUAGUUCAUUGUCCUGUUUGCUUUUGGGAGCAGCUUCAGUUACUGGGCAGGUUUGGUUGUUCCUAAAGUUUUGUAGGAAACAGAAGUUAGAGACUUAGUUUAUGGCGAAUAAAGAGAUUAGUGUUUAGUUUUAAA